AUAAAUAUAUUUACACAAAAUUUGUCUAUCAAAGUUAUGACCAUUAUUUAGUCGUAUGUUUAAUAUAGCUUCAGAUUGUUCGACGACUACCGUGAUGAAGAUUUUUAUGGGCUUCCGCGGAAAUACAGUAUUGUCGCUCGGGUCGAAGUUAAAUUCCCGAUUGAACCACGUUUUCGUGAUAGACAACAUUUCGUUUUGUCUGACAUCAAUGGAGCCAAGAUCGAGGCCAUAACAUAUAUGUAUGAGACAGUCAAACAUUUCGACAAUUUGCUCCAUGAAAAGCAUGUUUACAAGAUGCAUAAUGUGAAGUUCAGUCUUCAUCCGGGUGAAUUUAAUUUUCGUCAUCUAAAUGGUCCCAUGGAAUUGUGUCUUGACCAACAAACUAUCGUGGAGCCAUACACUGUUCCAAUUCAGAUGGCGCCAUUCCCAAAACAAAUACUAUUGAACCUUGCUGAUAUUGCCGAGUUGCUAAACAGGACUUUAGUCGACAUUAUGGCUGUUGUAGUCCACUUGGAUACAAUACAUCGCACAAUGUGGGGCCCUUUCAGAAAGAUUGUUAUAAUGGAUGCUAGGGGAUAUUUACAUAUCAUUAAAGUUUGGGGUGACCUACUAAACAAAAAUGCACUCCGCUGCUUGGCUAAGGAGGAUUAUGGCAUAAUAAUUGGGACUAUGUUUAGACGGUUCAGAAGACAAGAGUGCCUCGAGUCUUCGGAUCAUACCGCAAUACACUUCAAUCCGUUCCAUCACAACACCCAUCAUUUUCGACCAAUCCAAAAAGCUUUGGUGGCGCUGAACAACCGUCAGUUUGCUGUUACAUUUCUUGAAGAAGAAAGGCGUAGAUAGAUUCUACAAAUUCGCAAAGAGCAAUAAUUGGGACUAUGUUUAGGCGUAGAGAGAUUUGAUAGAAUACGUGUCGUACUGUUAUUGAGCAACCAAACACAACA